AUGUCGAUGGCCUUCCUGACUGGGCGGAAAGAAGGAAAGAGAAACAAAGUCCAACGCUGCGACGGCCUUAUCGCCGCUUUUCUCCACGGGCUGGCUGAGACCACCCGGCCUCUGGGCCUCCCAUCUAGCCUAAAUCACACUUUAACAAACCUUCUUUCCCUUAACCACCCAACUACACAGAUCAUUCAAGCCAAAAAUCUAUCUGGGAGUUGCAUGACCAAACGAUUAGCACCCGACGACACACCGCCAAAGGCGGGUGGUUUUCAACCCAGAAGGUUUGGCAAGUUUACACAACUCAGUGCGGCUGCGCGGAGCAACAAUUUGGCGCCAAAGUUUCCCAGCCGCUCCAUUUUCCCGCGCGCGCCGGGAGGGGCGGGGCUAAGGGGAUUUGGCGCGAAAAGUCUCAGCGAGGAGCGAGGCGGCCCCCGCGCCUGCGCGUUCUCCUCCGGAGCGCUAGCGCUGCCCGUGCAUCUCCCGCGCCUGCGCGUUCUGCCCCGGAGCGCUAGCACUGCCCCUGCAUCUCCCGCGCUUGCGCGUUCUGCCCCGGAGCGCUACCGCUGCCCCUACAUCUCCCGCGCCUGCGCGUUCUGCCCCGGAGCGCUAGCGCGGCCCCUGCAUCUCCCGCGCCUGCGCCUCCCGCGCCUGCGCAUCGUGCCCCGAAGCGCUAGCCCUGCCCACCGCUACAUCUCCCGCGCCUGCGCGUCAUCCCCCGGAGCGUUAGCGCUGCCCUUGCAUCUCCGGCGCCUGCGCCGCUAUUGCUGCCCCUGCAUCUCCCGCGCCUGCGCGUUGUCCCCGGGAGCGCACUUGUUGCCCUGGCAUCUCCCGCGCCUGCGCAUCCCGCCCCGGAGCGCUAACUCCGCCCACCCGUGCACCUCCCGCGCCUGCGCGUCGUCCCCCGCAGCGCUGUCGCUGCUACACCGUGCAUUUCCCGCGCGUUCUGCCCCGGGAGCGCCCUCGCCGCCCACGGUUGCAUCUCCCGCGCGUGCUCAUCUCCCCGGGCGGGCCAUGUCUCAGCGGCGCCUGACCGAGUUCUUCGGGCUGCGGAAGGCCGGCGAGCGGGGUCCCGUGGGGGCCAAGCGGAGGGGCGUCCAGAGGACUCCCCGGAGGAGGACCCCCCAAAGGGGCGCUCCCCCCGCUCCCCCGCCGCCCCCGCCCCGCAGCGGCGGGCGCAAGCGGGGCCGGCCGAGCCCCGGGGGGCCCCCCGGGGGGCCCCCGCCGCGGACGGCCGCACGGAGGAGGCUGCUCGCCGACACCACCACCGACCCCCAGGGGUCCAGCCCUUGCACCCCGGCCGCCUCCUGCAGCUCGCCCCCCGCAUCCUCGGACGAGAAGGCGAAGGACCUACCUACCGUCCCCCUCAUCCCGCCCACCCCGAGGCCCAAGGGAGGGUCGCCAGCCCGCCUGACUCCAGGGGCGAAGGUCCUGACGAAGCAGAGCCUCUCGGAGCUCAAGUCCCGACUGGAGAGGAUCCAGACGCUGUCCGAGAAAGUCAAGCUCCCUCCUCCUUCUCUGGAGACCGACCUAAAGAGCCGCCUGAGCCAGGCCCGGACGCUUGAGGCCCGAAUUCGGGACAGGAGGGCGGAAAGAGAGAGGAAAGCAGACUCCCCGGGCCCCAAGGAGGAGGCGAGCCUUCAAGGAGAAGCGAGCAGCGAGUCGGCCCCCGCCUACCAGCGGUUCCACACCCUCGCCCAGGACACGCCCCCCGGCCUCACGCUGCCCUACAAGUACAAAAUCCUGGCCGAGAUGUUCCGCAGCAUGGACACCAUCGUGGGGAUGCUCUUCAACCGGGCCGAGACCGUGACCUUCGCCAAGGUCAAGCAGGGCGUGCAGGACAUGAUGCGCAAGCGGUUUGAAGAGCAGAACGUCGGGCAGAUCAAGGCCGUGUACCCCAGCUCCUACGAGUUCCGGCAGGAGAAGAACAUUCCCACCUUCAGGGACGGCGUGAAGCGGUCGGAUUACCAGCUGACCAUCGAGCCCGUGCUGGGGCCAGUGGAGCUGACGGACGGGCGGCCCCAGCUGUCCGCGUCCCACCUGCUGCAGCGUCGGCACACCUUCAGCCGGAACCUGGUGAACCUCGUGAAGGAGCAUCACAAGGCUUUCCUGGCCUCCCUGAACCCCCCGCUGGCCGUGCCGGACGACAAGCUGACGCGCUGGCACCCGCGCUUCAACGUGGACGAGGUGCCCGACGUGGUCCCCGCCCAGCUGCCCCAGCCGCCGCAGCCGGACAGGCUGACCAGCGCCCGGGAGGUGCUGGCCAGAGCCCGGACCAUGCUGUCGCCCAAGAUGGAGAAGGCCCUGGCCAGCGUGGCCCUGAGAACCGCGGAGAGCAGCAGCCCGGUGCAGGACGCCGCCGGGAAAGCCGGUAAACCAGUCUCUCCGGCCACUCCGGCCACUCCGGCCAGUGCCCUGAAGGGCGUCUCCCAGAGCCUACUGGAGAGGAUCCGGGCCAAGGAAGCCCAGAAGCUGCAGGUGCUGAUGACCCGGAACCCGCAACGAGAGGAACGGCUGGACCUGCUGGCUCGCUUGCCCGAGAUGACCCGCCUCCUCCGCAACGUCUUCGUGGCCGAGAAGAAGCCGGCGCUGGCCAUGGAAGUGGUGUGUGCCAGGAUGCUCGGCAGCUACCGCUCCUCCAUGACCACCGGAGAAAUGGAAAGACACCUGCGGCUGUUGACUGAGCUUCUUCCCGACUGGCUCAGCGCCCACCCCAUCCGCGCAGACACCUACCUGAAGCUGGACAAGACCCUAGACCUCAAUCUCAUUUCGGAGAGACUGGCUCGAAUAACCAGAGAGGAAGAGAAGUCGUGAGGGCAGGGCUGCCCUUCGGAGGAGCUCCUGGGAUGCUCGGCAUCGUCCGGCAAAACUAAGGUUGCGGGGGGUGGGAGGGCGUCGCGUGGCAGGGAUUCCUGCAGAGUGACCAAACGCUCCCACAUCUUAUAGCUCAAAGGAUCUUAUUUGGUUUUAUUUUCUAAGGGACCACCAAUUUUUAUAGGGUGUAAUGACAUAAUAAAGGCAACUCGAAGAGGGAGCUGCGGUGAUUUUGCUCAGCUCUCGCCUCUACCCCGGCUAAGGUGAGGUUUGUCUUGGAAGCCAGAAGUUUCGUCCGGCCAAAGUCUCGUGGAUCGGAACGUGCUUUUUCUAGGAACAGGGCUUGGUGCCAACCUCAAGCAAGAGGAGCGGCGUUGGAUGUGUUUGGCACAAGGCGACCCUUCUCCCGUCACCUCACCACCGCUUGGGGUGAGAGGCCCGCGACUGGAUCCGAGUCCUGGCCGGACCCAUCAAACUUGAGCGCGCCAAAAUUCAUUCAGUUGUAUAUACUGAGCGCUUACUGUGUGCAGAGCACUGUACUAAGCACUUGGGGCAGAGACAAACCUAUUGAAGCUUUCUGGGUCCCCCUCCCUCCCACCACCCCAACAUAAAUCUGUUCUGGACCGUUUCUUUGCAGUCACAGACUUAUGCAUCUUAUUUGGACCAAAACGUACGGUAGCUAGGUAUUGAUAUUAAAUUGU